AUGAUAAUAGUCUUCCACUGGAAAAAACAUGGCGCAAGAAAUGUUUGUGACAGGGUUUCUAGCGCCGUUAAAGAGGCCAAAGAGCUCUUCCAUUCUACGUUUACCGUCUGCAGUUACCACGUAAGAAUCAUUCAAGGUAAACUGGAUCGUUUGAGCAGACGUUCGUCCGCUGGUUGCGUGGCAGCUGUGUUCAUAAAGAUCUGGGUCAUGUUUGUGGUGGCGGCCAUUGUUUUAAAUUGCGUCUGGGUGACGAUUGGAAAUUUAUUCAUUAUAUGCACCUGCCUCUUCUGUUCAGUUGUGAUGGUCAUCUUUGGAGACAUAAGGCAAAUCCUGAUGAAUCUAGAUGCUUUGCUCCAGAAUAAACCGAUUUCCUUCAGCAAGAUUUUUACGGGAUCGAGCGACGCUGGUGGUGAGUCCUUUCCUUACUUUUGGCAGUUCAAAGAAGAAGAUUCCUAUUUGUGGAAGAACUUCGGCCCUUCUGACGAUGUAGCUUUGGAAAAGCUCUACUGUGACGUGAAUAAUCUGCAAGUUACAUUGAACCUUACCGAUACUGCGUUGAGUGCGUCAUCAUCACAGGUGACAGUUCAUUUCGAGGAGAUGUCCAUGCGCUCGCCCCCCUCUGCCCAGUUCUUGCUCCGUCGAUGCUCAACACCAUCUUACAUACAGGAGCCAAACAACAAGUCAUCCACACAGUGGGUCUGGUAUUGGGCAGACAACGAUGGUUGGAAGAAAUACACUGAAACGAUGCAGUCGUCUGGGACAAAGCAAGAACAGAUAGAGGCUGCCUAUUUAAAUGGAGAAGGCUUCUAUCCCUUUCGAAGUGGUCCUCACAAUUACAUUCUAACAUUCUACGAAAUGCCUAUGCACCAAAUAAAUAUCGACCCAAAGUUCCAGACCAGGCGGUUCGUAAGAAGAAGACCUGUGUUUGUUUCAAAACCAGCUUAUCGCGCCACAAAGAGUUAUCUGAGAGGCAAGGCUAAAGAUUUUGAACGGACUCGUUUGAAAGAGAACUGCGAAAAAUACCGAACUGCGA